GUUAUAAAAUCGCUUUAAAGGACAAUUGCAAAAGGUGGAACACAAAAAAUAAAGAAAAAUUAAUAUAAAGGAAAUUUCUCAAUAACUAUUUAUUCUGUUUUCAUCUUUGUUAGGAAAACCGAACUCGAAUUUAAAGAAAAAUUUUGCUAAAGCAUUUUUCACAGUCACUUAAACAAUCGCUGUAAAUUUGGAUAUUGUCCAAGGUUUCGCAUUUGUAGUAAAUAGAUAAUGGCUAAUAGUGGCCAUUGGUCUAGCGGUAGCGGUUCAUCAUCAUCAACCACGCAAAGUAGGGAUUUAUCAACUGCCCCAGCACCAUCAGUUGGUAGCGGUGGUGGAACGCAAGAGGAACGAUUAGCGGUAGUUGUACGCGUACGACCUUCAUUUGAGAAUGCCGAACGUUGCAUUGACGUAAUUUCGGCAAAUUCUCUGCUGUUCGAUGAUGGUGGUAGAGGACGAGCAAGAAAAUAUUCUUAUGAUCAUGUAUUUAAAGAAAACGAUAGCCAGGAAUUGGUUUACAGAACAACUACAGCUCCUUUGGUCAAGGACGUUCUCAAAGGUUAUAAUGCUGCCGUUUUUGCGUACGGAGCCACUGGAUCUGGUAAAACGCACACCAUGUUAGGGCCUUAUCGCAAAAAGGGCUUAGAUAGAGCUGAAGGUAUUGUCUACGAAACAGAUGCUAAUGUAAAUGAAAAUGGAUUAAUGGUAAGAGCUAUUGAAGAUAUAUUUCAGCAUAUCGAAAUGGCUGAAGAGCCAAACAUGUGUAAGGUCUCAAUCUCUUAUUUGGAAAUAUAUAAUGAAUUAAUUAGAGACCUUUUAAAUCCUGGCGGACCUUUAGAAUUAAGAGAAGAUAAUCGAGGUCAACGAAUUACUGUCGCUGGUUUAUCGGAAAUACCCGCUGGAAGUCGUCAAGACGUCGUAUCGCUGCUAAUAAAAGGUAAUAAGGCUCGCACUAUGGAACCGACCGCAGCCAAUCAGACCUCGUCUAGAAGUCAUGCGUUGCUCGGUAUUACUGUUCACACUAAAUCACCGUUAGGCAUUAAGCAGGGUAAAUUAUUUCUAACGGACCUGGCCGGUUCUGAACGAGCAAAAAAGACUAAAAAUCGUGGCAAACGCCUGCAAGAAGGUGCCCACAUCAAUCGUUCCCUAUUGGCUUUGGGCAAUUGCAUUAACGCCUUGUCGGGUGGUGCACGUUACGUGAACUAUCGUGAUUCAAAACUGACGCGGCUCUUGAAGGAGGCACUUAGCGGUAAAUGUAAAACCGUAAUGAUUGCUCACGUUGCACCUGAGAGUAAGCAUCGCGAUGAAACUAAAAACACUUUAGUCUACGCUGACAGGGCGAAUAGUAUUACGACAAGGCUUCAGAAUUCCGUUUAUAUCGACGAAAUAGAGAGUUUCCCCACUAAGCAUUAUCAACAUUUAGUAUCAGAAUUAAGAGAAGAAGUAACGCGGUUACGUAAUAAAAUGUUAACAGAUCGUCCUCGUAAUGGAACAGAAGUUAAGAGCGUUGUAGCCACUAGCAACGCGCAUAAAGAAGAUGAGAAACGCACAGCUGAAUUAAGAUAUCUGCGAGAACAAAUAGUAUUGACUUUUAAGCAACAGAUGAAAUUAAGACGAAAAUUAUUAGAAGCAGAAAGUCAUUUAUUAGGUUUGGAAUUGGAUGGAGAAAGACAACAUAUGAUAAUAUCUCAUUGGCAAGGGCGCUUAGGUAAACUUUAUGAUUCUCCUAAUGAUGAAGAUAUCGAAUCUGAGGGUUCGAGUGCUUUAAAAAAUGCCUGGGGUGAACUUUCCGCCAUUGAAAAGGAAACGCGGAGAUAUAAAGAGGUACGGGAGCGUACUGAGGAUGAGUUAGAAAUGUGCCGACAGAAAGGAGUGCAGUUGGAAGAUGAAUUACCUGAACGCAUAAGUAGUGACGAAGAACGUGAACUCUUGGCUUUGUUAUGUCGGGUACAUGAACUAGAAGCCGAUAAAGUAUCAUUACAAGCCGAACGUUUAGCUAGGCAAGCUGAACUACGAAGAAGAGAUCUGCAACUCUUACGAGCUGAACGUCAACGUCGACUUUGUGAAGAUAUUAUCAGUUCUCAAAGACGCUUAAUUGAAGAGGGCAAUGUCGAGUUACCAGACGAAUUGCGCGAAUUAUAUAGUUUAUAUCAACAAGAAAUACAUGCCAGUACUGUAACAGCCACAGUAUCUUACGAAAGAAAACUACCACCCAUCUAUACGGCCGGCUCCAAUUCUCCUUGUUCUAGUUCAGGUUCAGAUUGGUCACCUUCCUCACCAUUGCCACCCAUAAAUGGACAAAUGGCUAACCACGGAAAAUUCAUCGAUAAUCCAGAUCGUCAUAUGGGCCAAGCAAUUGUAUACUCACGCUUACCAAAAAUUCCUCCCUCAACCGCAAUUGUCUCAUCAAGAAGACCCACGCGUAUGUCAGAACAUAGCUAUACUUAG